AUGGCAUUAAAACAGACAAUCAGGAUUUGGGAUUCACUUACUCUUGCGCAAGAUACACUUAAUAUUUAUAAAAGUACCAUUUCAUUAUGUUAUAGUGGAAAACGAAAUUCUGCUGGAGGAUGGUAUUGGAUGUAUUAUGAAAAUUAUAUGAAACCCAAUCUCAAUGAAUUAAAAUUUGAUUCAGAAAAAUUUAAAGUAUCAUCCUUAGGUAGAGUUCAGCUAGUGAAUGGUAUGAUUACACAAGGAAAUUUACAGUUAAGAUAUCUUCGUAUUGGUAGAGGAACUAAAAAUUAUUCUGUUCAUCGCCUAAUAGCAUUAGCUUUUUGCCCAAAAGAACAAGAUGUAUGUCGUGGACUUCAAUCAUAUGCUGGAGGGUAUCACUAG